AUGGACGUCGAGGAGCUUCUUCGCGGCAUCAAGCCCCUCGAGGGCCAAGUCACCGCAAUCCGGACCGUCCAAGAAACACGUCCCCGCGAAGACUACGCCGAUGCCUACGUCACGGAAGUCAACGUCAAAUGUGCCUCCAAAGUGAUCAAAGUCCUGGACUCCCGCUUCCCCCGCGACUCCUCCCAACCACUCAGCCACCUCCGCCGCUUCGCAAAACACAACCAAAUCCCCGAACACCUCCGUCCCAUCCUCCUGCGCGAGGGAUCCUCGCCCGCGCAAACCAUCUUCGUGCUCAUCUCUCCGCCUCUCCCUGAUAUCGAGUCCCUCCAAGAUGCUCUAUCACCGUUCGCGCCCCCAAACCCUACCGAAGGGGAGACCAGCAGCCCCCUCACCUUCCACACCAUCCGUAUCCCCCUCCAACCACCCCUCACCCCCGUCCAAGCCGACGCAUGGUCCAAAAGCAUGUGGCCAGUCGUCUACAACCCCGCCGCACCGCGCGCCAUGAUCGCCCCGCCACCGCAUAUCCUCGCCCGCGCGCGCGACUCCAUCCAGCCCAAAGCAGGCCGAUACCUCGCUCUAGCGCAAAAGGUCGCAGACGAGGCAGAGCGAUCCGGUCUAGGCCGCCGUGUUGGCGCCGUCGUCGUGGACCCAGACCUCGAAGCAGAAGCAGCACCCGACAACAAUGAUAACGAUGAUGGAAUCCACUGGUCCGACGCCGUCGUGGCAGUAGCCGGCGACGGCCGAUACUCGCGCGCAGCCACGGACACAGAAGCCCCCAACCCUCCGAACCAAAUUGCAACAACCUACUCCCCCGACCACGAAGGCGGGCCCGAACUCCACGCCCUAAUGCGCGCCGUGGACCUCAUCGCCAGUAAACGUCGCGAAGACCGCCCAGGCUCAUCAGCUACAAACCGGCCCUGUCUUACCGACGUGGAGAGAUACUUCCUAUCUAAAUCAGACGUCGACACUACCGCUGCUGCUAGUACACAACCAACCGAACCCAUCUCCGAAUUCGAAUCAAAAGAAUCCACCCCCGUCCCCCCACCGGAGAAAUAUCAAAAGACCACGGAAACCUCCGCACAGCCUAUUCACACUCACACUGAGACACAAGCAUCAGCAUCAACAUCGACAUCGCGCAUCCGCCCCCGCUCUCAGGGGGGAUACCUCUGCACUGAUCUAGACGUAUACCUGACCCAUGAGCCGUGCAUCUGCUGCAGUAUGGGUCUGUUGCUCUCGCGCUUCCGGGCUGUGGUGUUUCCUCGGUCCGGGAGGAUGGUCUCGGGUGGGUUGGCGUCGGAGCCGGUGGUUGGGCCGGUUCCUGUGGAGGAAGAUAAGCAUAAAAAUGAGGAUGGGAAGGAUGAGCAUGAUGAUGGGUCGGUGGAAAGGGAGUAUUAUGGGUUGCAUUGGCGGAAGGAGUUGAAUUGGCGGGCGUUGGGGUUUGAGUUUGUGGAGGAGCAGGGGAGUGCAGAGGGGAGUGCAGAGUUGGGGGUGGCGUUUCAUGCUUGA